AUGGAGGUUUCUCAGAAAAAGAAAGUCACGAUAGUUAGACUAUCUGUGCUAAACAGCCAUGAUGCCUGGCGAGAAAUUAAGCAGAUUGACAAGAACAUCAUUGAUAUUCUGACCAAGCUCCGUUCUCCCGAGUCAUUCCAGGCCAUUGCUGAUGCACUAAACAACAUAAAUUCUUCCUUUGCAGCUUCACGAUCAUCCUUCGUGCCUGUCCUAGAGGAUGUUAAUUUGAUUACUCCUGCUCCUACGAUUGGUGAUUCUACCGCUGAGGAUUGGACUAGCGACGAAGACAAACCAGGGCCAUCAUUUACUCCAGUUAAUCGUCCUCUUCUGAAGAGGAAGCAUGCGAUGCUAGCAAAGACUGUUCGUUCAGCUCAUGGAAAAGAGGUGCCUUCCUCGUCUAGCGGCCCUUCUGGAGAGUAUAUCCCACACGGGAUUGAUAGCGAAUCUGAUAAUGACAUCAACGCUAUAAUUGCCCCUGGUGAUCUAAGUGAUGAUGACAAUGGGCCUGAGCUUACACCUACUGAUUACAUUAAGGAUUUCAAGAAGUUGUAG